AUGCAAAACUUCAAAGCUGAGCAAGCACGGGCCGCCGCAUCGCAGCGAUGGGAAACCGCCCAAAAGCCCACCGGCCCCGAAGCAUGGAUAAACCGCGCCCGGGAAGCAUCUGAAAUCCUCAAGAUUGAUGCAGUUGAGCGAGACGCCGCGGGAAAAUCACCCUUUGCUGAAGUGCAGCUUCUCAAGGACGCCGGGUUGGUGAAUUUGCUGGGCCCACACAAGUAUGGAGGUGCUGGCGAGACCUGGCAAACUUCUUAUAAGGUCACCACGGAAAUCUCGAAGGCAGAUGCGAGUAUUGGACAUUUACUUGGGAAUCAUUAUUCGUGGUUCUGGAGCAGCCAGAUUCUCGGAACACCGAAACAGGCUGAGAGAUGGUUACGGGAGUUCACUGAAGGGAAUUAUUACCUGGGAGGUGCGGUGAAUCCGCGCAACGCCGAUAUGGUGGUCGAGGAUGCCGGCCUGGACCUUAUCUUUAAUGGAGAGAAGUUCUUCUCCACAGGAGGCGUGGUUAGCGACAUCACAGUCCUAGAAGGCGUGCUCAAGGACGGCACGCAUGUGUUUGCUUACGUCCCUACCAAGCAGCCGGGAAUCAGUUUCAAGGGGGAUUGGGAUGUUAUUGGGCAGCGACUGACAGAAUCCGGUGGAUGUGUAAUCCGCAACGUCAGGAUCCCUUGGUCUGAAGCUGCAGGCUUCGUUGACAAGACGUUGACACCAAGAGAUGCAUACCACGACUUUAUCCUUCCCCCAGUGCAAUUACAGUUCGCCGCUGUACACCUCGGUGCUGCCAUUGGGGCGUUAGAAUCGGCGGCAGAGUACACCAAGACAAGAACCCGGGCAUGGCCGUAUGGAGGAGACAACAAGGCCAAGGCAGCUGAAGAAUGGUACAUUCUGGAAGGAUAUGGUAGGCUGCAAGCUAAGGUUUGGGCCGCUGAAGCCUUGAUUGACCGCACUGCCGAGAGGGUCUCGGAGGCCAUCCAUGCACCCCGACAUGAACUAACGCAAGCUAUACGUGGCAGGAUUGCCGUUCAGGUCGCGGCUUCCAAGGCACACGUUAUUGAGGUGACGCUGGAGACAGCCACCAAGGUGUUCGAGUACGUUGGUGCCAGUGGAAGCCUAAGCCGUUACGGUUUUGAUAGAUUCUGGAGGAAUACUCGAGUUCAUAGCCUUCAUGACCCUAUUGCUUACAAGUUCCGCGAGGUAGGCUCGUGGGCGUUGCUGAAGGAGGCGCCAGAGCCGAGUUGGUAUACUUGA